GGUGAGGAGGUGCAGUGAAAGCGAGUACUCUCCGCGGACAGACGGCGCUGAAAACACGGUUAAAGUGAAAACCAGAGAACCAGUCAAGGAUUAGGUCGGAUUACUGUUGGACCCACGACCCGGGAACGUCCACAGCGCUGGUAUUAAAGCGAUAAAUCGUCGUUAAUCUCCCGCUCGGCGCAGUUUCAGCUCGUCGUUUCGUAGCUACCUGAGAAAGAGGACAGCCAUGAUUCGCCUCCUCUGCCUCGUGCUGGUUCUGUCCGCCUCCGUCUUCUCAGAGUCGCAGGCGAGGGAGACGGAGACGUGGAUGCCCAUGAGCACCACCCAGGCGGUCACGGUGUCGACGGACGACAACGUGGAGUCAUCAGGAGAUUCUUCAAACGACUUCGGCUUCACGGACAACGACGACGAGGAUUACUACGAGGACGAUCUGUCCGGGUCGGGCGACGGAGAAACGACAGACUCGACCGCAGGAGAGUCCACAGUGAAGCCCGUUUUUGAUAACCGCAUUCCCGGGCUGGAGCACACGGUGCGACCGACCGUCAACGAGGUGGAGCUCGUCAAGAACAAGAACGAAAUUGCUCUGAAGAAAGGACCCGUGGAGGACAACCCGUCCAACGUCCUCAUGUCCCAGGCCACGGGGGACAGCAUCUUUACCAAGACGGAGGUCCUCGCAGCUCUGAUCGCCGGCGCCGUGGGCCUGAUGUUCGCCGUGCUCCUCAUCCUCCUCCUCAUCUACCGCAUGAAGAAGAAGGACGAGGGCAGCUACGACCUGGGGAAGAAGCCCAUCUAUAAGAAGGCCCCCACCACGGAGAUUUAUGCAUAGACCCUGACCUUUGACCUCCCUGACCUCACACACACACACACCUCCCUUCUUUCAAGCCAAUCAGGGCCGACGUGUGGCCUCGCAGUGCCUCAUCACCACCGUACCUCCUCACUUCUUCAGCGGAGCGACACAUUUGACUCCUCCUCCCUGAACUCCCCGCCCAAUCAGAGGCCGUUUCCUGGAGAAGGACUGUUUCUGCUGCGGUACGCUGUGAUCACCUGUUUGUUUGUUUGUUUGUUUGUUUGUCCCGGUUCAAAACGGGACUCUCUUUGUUCCUCCAGUUAAACACUAACGCAUCGUAUUUAUUCUUCCUCAACCUGAAGCGUCUCGUAGCACACGACCUUUGACCUUUAAGGAGCAGCUGUGUAAUAAUUUGUUUCAGCCGUUACGUUUGUUGUUUUUACGGUUUGUCACGUUCUUCAGUUGAAAGCCCGAGGUCUCUGCGGCGGCUCGGUGUGUUUCUGUUCUGUAAACUGAUGUUAACGAGUUCAUUAAAACGAGCUUCUGAUGCCUCCCGGCAUGUUUCUGUUUCUCCUCGUGUCCAGCAGCAGAUCCGCUCAAACUCAUCCAGGACUUGGAACACAAACAGUCUUUAGCAGGUACGGCCUGACCCGGGUCACAGGGCUGCGCUGCUGCUGGCCAGGAUGUUUUCUGACCUCUGCUCCGCCAGCGGAGCUCAACGGGAAGUUUUAAAUUUUAUCUGAGCCUGACGGAAACUGCCGAGUCAUCAGACGGUGGCGUUUCCACAGCAUCAGCGUGUUUCCACUAAAACGGGGCCGAUCUCAACUUGAAAGAAACAAACUAGCAAAACGAAAUGUUUUAUCUUGUUUUUAUUGAGUUAUUCUGUGAAUCCUAACGGAUCAUUUGUGGAGCUUCCACAGACUGAAUCCCAACUUUUGUGUCUAAAAAUGUGAGAGUGAAGUCUGUUUAUUCUAUAAAUCCUAAUUAAAAUGGCACGGCCCGAUUCGCAGCCCAUUUCUUUCAGACGUGAACAAUUUGAGCUAAAUUUCUAACAGAAAAAUAAAAUUGAGUUUUUUGCACGUUUCCGUUGAAUUUCAAACGGUUAUUGAAGCAUGUAUUAAAAAAAGUGCAGAUUUGAGUUUAAAAAUCCCCAAAAUGAGAUUUAAUUUUACUUUCUUUUUUUGUAAUCCUGAGGGAUGAUUUGAUGAAUUCAACCCAUGAAGUUGGUGCUAAAAUAAAUUUUACUUCAACGCGCUGAGCUGAUCCGCUUCAGUCGAACGAGUUUCUCCGUUUUCCGCCCUCGAAGCAGACGUUUCGUUUCAAGUCGUGCUGCUCAGACGUGACCCGCUCCUUCAGUUUUUCGCUCUUCCCGAUAAGCUACGCGACUGUUCCCCCCCGAUCAGUCCGAGGGUCGACGAGCCGCUCCGAAGCCGGCGCAGAACAGCUUCGACGCUCACAUUUCUCUGCCGGGGCGCGCCGCUCAGCCGAACUCGUGUAAAUAGUUUCUCAGUAAACGAUAAAGUUAUGUAAACGCUGGUACUUGGCCUCAUCCUGGCCACGGAAAUAUUUACCAAAUAUUUAAAAACCAAAUAGAUCUCUGCGCAGUAACGUUCGUGGUCGACCGUGAGGUUCGGAUCCUGUCGUACUAACUCGCCUCGGUUUCUGUUUUUAUCAACUAGAUCAACGUUUUGUAUUAAUUUAACUGAACGAUAAUUUUAUUGCCUUCUUUCAGGUCGGGGCGUUUGGCCCAUUUUAAGCUGUUGUACAUGUGAAUUUUAAAGUUUUACAUACACUAGUUCUGAGAUUUUAAGAGUCCUAGUUCGAAACUUUUUAUUUUGUAAGAGUUUCUAUAUUCUUGUAGACUUUUUGUAUUUAUGUUGAUUUGUUUGUGUUUGUGGAAGGAUUGAUUUUUGUGCUUGGUGUUCAUCUCAUUGUUCAGGAGAUGAGUCGUGUUCACACCAGAGCUGGAGCCGACAGAACGCAGCCGAGUUCCUUUGGAAAGACCAUUUCACACUUUUUAUUUCCAACAAGCCUAAAACGAUGAGGCCGACCCGGGCCUCCAGGUUCUGACGGUCAGAGUCGAGCUGCAGGUGGGCUCCAGUUCUGGUCGGGGAACACGGAGGAGAAUGUUCUGCUGCUUAAUGUCAAACACCACAUGUGAAUCAAUGGAUUGGAGGAGCCGGCGAGUCGUCGGUUUCUGCUGCAGGUUCUGAUUUAUUAUUGGAAAUAAAGCUAUUUUUAUGCACAGUA